GACCCAGAACCCACAAUCUUUCUUUGUGCACAGAAAGAAGAAAGAACCUAUGGCACAGUCGUCGUCCGCCUCCGUCAAGCUGCUGGUUCUGGUUGUCCUCCCUGCGCUCCUCCUGUUCCUCGUCCAAGCGCAAGGUAUAUAACACAGCUUCUAUGCUGCUGCGAUUCUUCCGGCCGCAUGGUGGUGGCGGUGGCUGUGGCGGUUGUUGACCCACAUGGCACGGCGGCGGUGUGGUGCGUGUGCAGGGGCUCGGCCAGCGGCGGCGAACACGACGACCCCGACCCCCGCCACCACCACCGGGUGCGCGGCGUCGAGCGUGACGGUGUCGCAGUCCAACACGGGCGACAGGGCCGGGUACGACCCGGUGUUCGAGGUGACGGUGAGCAACGCCUGCCGCUGCGCCGUCCGCGCCGUGCGCCUCCGCUCCGAGGGCUUCGCCAGCUCGGUGCCCGUGGACCCGCGCCUGUUCCGCCGCGCCGGCCGCGACUACCUCGUCGCCGACGGCCGCCGGAUCGAGCCCGGCGCCGACGCGCGCUUCCGCUACGCCUGGGACCGCGCCUUCCGGAUGACCGCCGCCGCCGUGCGCGACGACUGCUCCUGAUGGAGUGAGUGAGUGCGGUAGCUCCUGCCUGCAACGAGUGAAUUGCAGUAGCUCCUGUCCUUCGUGAGAGAGAGAGACUCGCUCUGUCGUGAUCCACAGGGAAUUUACCUCGGUUUUACGCUUGUUUAUUAGCGCUUCUUCUUAACGUAUUGGCUAGUUCGCUGGAUCAUACUUCGAAUAAAAAAACUCCCUCUGCCGCCCGAACAAACAAAAAAGUAUGUUUUUUUUUCAGUAUCGUAAACAAAGUCAAUGGUUCACAGUACUGUCUGUCCUGCGUCGUAGACAUUGAUGCUCCUCUUCUUAACUGUUUAAACUUGUUGUAAUGAGCUUUCACUGUACGUUAAUAACAAACAGUACUGGGGCCGGCCGAUGGCAUGUUGUGCUCGGUAGC